AUGGAGGAGGUGCACCUUUACUGCAGAAAUUGCUCGAAUAAGUUGACAAAGGGUCUCAGAUGUUUUAAGGAAAUGCCAUCUGCUAACUGGAGGGAUGUUGCUGAUAAUUGGUUUGGGAAUUGUUGUUGCUCGUUCGGAGGUGUGAGCGAGAAGCUGGUUGCAGAAUAUGCAAAAUCCUACACUUGCAGUCCAGGUUUAUGCCUCUUGACCACAACAUCUGUUCUUUUAUGUAAAGAUGAUCUCUUGGGAUGUGAGUUCCCCAAUAUAAACCCAAGGCAAAACACUGAGUCUGAUCUAAACUCACCUAGUGAUAAAGUUUCACCAGAUGGGUUAAAAGCGCUAGCUGGCUGUCUUGUAAAUCAUAGUGAUGAAAAUGGAACUCUAAGAGAUUUAGCAGAUGAAGACAAGAGAUUGUUGGUGACUGAGAAAGGUGAUAAUUGUAAUAGUGCAAAUUGUUGUUCGGGCGGGUUGGGAUCAUCUUCAGAGUUGCUGACUAAUGAAACUAAUGUUAAUCUUCUCGAAAAUCAGAAAGUGUUUCUAGAUGGUUAUCUCGGGAAUGGUUUUAUGGUUAAGUCGUCUGGGCUCUCAAAAGACAUCCACUGGGUCGAGUUUUUAUGCCCACAAUGUUCGUGCCUUGUUGGAUCGUACCCUUGCUUUGAUGAUGAUGGUGUGCCUUUAGAUGGUGGGGUUCGUCUUUACAAAUGCUACAUUUCAACAUGCUUGCCAGAAAAUGUACCCAAUGAUGCAUUUAGGAAUCACACUCUCGAGAGAAUGUUUGCUUGUCAAUUGUUGGAAAGUGCAGAGGAUGAAUUAUCGUUCAGAACUAUAGUUCGGGACAUGCAAACUAAAUCUCCUGUUUUGCAAAUUGUUCUCUUGAAUCCGAAUACAUGGAGCUGUGCUGGAAGUUUGAACCCUGAAGAACAAGCAUUCAAGUUGAUUAUGCAUCCCAGCAUCAAAGUGUUAUUUUCUGCAUCUGGUCAUGGUGUUGAUUUUGAUUCGAGGAUUUUGGACAACUGGGCGAGAAAGAAUGAAGCCGACGAGAUUUAUAUGUUUUCAUCUCAAAUAUGCGAAUUGAUUCAAGUUUUGGAGCUGGCCAAGAGUUUGUCUCCUCCAUCAUGUACGUCUCUACAAGGUUUAUAUUUUUCAUCAAUGAGGAGAUAA